GAAUUGAGUGUUUUAUGGAAUGUGUUAUCAGCAGUUGGAUAAGGAAUCUGUGUUGAGAAGGAUUUAAACUUUAGUUUGAAUAUUUGUCAUGUGAGGUUUUACCAACAAAGAAACAUGAAGUUGCGACAUGGACCUAAGAUUCCAAGUGAUAUUGUGGACCAUAGAUACCAAGUGAGGAUAUGACAUGGACCUAAGAUAACGAUGAUGAGUCUAGGCAACUUACCAAGAUAUUAUAAUGGAUUUCCUAAUUGUAGACAGGAAGACGUAAGACUUAGUGAUCCUGACAGCACAGUUAAAGUACAUGCUGAUAAACCACACUUGGUCAGUUUGGGAAGUGGUAGACUGUCAACAGCAGUCACUAUUAUACCACUACAUAAUGGAAGAACAGAUAUAGGUACAGUUGAUGCUGAGGUACUUCCUGACCUGAUUAUACAAGGGACAGGUGUAGAGGAUGACCAUUGUUACAUAGACAAUAUACAUGGUGUUGUGACAUUUCAUCCAUUGGCUAAACUCUGCUUCAUAGAUACACGUCUUGUCUCUGAACCCACCAGACUUACUCAGGGAUGUAUGCUGUGUUUAGGACGUUCAAACUACUUCAGAUUUAACCAUCCACAAGAAGCCAAGAAGAUCAAAGAAGCAUUGCCAAACUGUAGAAUUUCCUGUACUCCUAUUGACUUUCUUCAAGAAUUAGAUGUGAAUCCAGAGUAUAUGCAAGUGAUAUCUGAUGCUGCCGCUAAUGUGCAGAAACGAUCAUCAUCAGGUUCUGACAAACAAAAAUACCUGGACCGCUCACCAAAUAAUUCAUGUACAUCACCUAAACAGUCAUAUUUGAAUAAAUCGCCAAACCAGUCGUAUUCCGAGAGAUCUCCAAACCAUUCAUAUUCAGAAAAGUCACCAAAACAAUCAGUAAUUGAAAAAUCACCAAAACAUUCAUUAUAUGAAAAUGUGCCAAAACCAAAUUCACCGAAAACUUUAGUAACAAAUAACGGUGAUGAUACAGAGUUUCUUGACAAAGUGUCCAAAUUUGAACUUAUUUCGCAUAAUAGAACUUCACCGACUGUUAAAUCUCCUAUGCGAGUAAUGCCACCUGAUAUUCCUUACCAAGGGUCACCAGGAAAUACGAUUAAUAGGAGACAUAACAGUUCUUCAGGUGUUUCGCCUCAUGCAGGUGAAAAAGUUUUCACCCGUGAAACUGUAACCACACGAGUACCUGCUAGUAUUUUAUGUGGGAAAUCUACAACUGAGCGUGUGCCAAGUACAGGAAGUACAAGUUCUAGCUCAUUAACAAGUGUCAGUAGUAACAGUGGAGCAACAUUAUCUUGGAAUUCCGACUCUCCAAAAUUAAAUAUAUCCAGUGAUAAAACUAACCAUAUAUCUCCUACUGGUAGUAAAGGAAAUUCACCGAAUUCUAGAUCUCCACUGAACAGUGUUGCCAUUACUCCUAAACAAAAGGAGAAAAAACCAUUCAGUUUUACUGAAUCUGCAACAUCAAGAGUAAGAAAUGCAACUGAUGCAGAUCUCUUGGCAGAGAGCAUUAUAAAUGGUGACUUCCUGGGAACAUGUGAUGUAGAGAGUAAUAGGAAUACUUUUGAUGGUAUGGACUUUGAUUUUAAUGAAUUAACUGCCAGUCAACAAGAUUUAACAAUGAAACAUAGAGAAAAUGUGGAAGAGAGAAAGAAGGAACAAGAGCAAGAAAAAAUAGAAAAACAAAGAUUAGAAGAAAUUUUAAGUAUGUGUGCUGAAUAUGAAAAACAAAUAGAAGAAGAAAAAGUUGUGCAAGAAAGUCCAAAACCAAAAACGACUGCCUUUUCAAUGCAAAAGUUUUUAGAAUCAGCUCAAAAAUCAUCUGAAGUGGAAAAACAAACAUUGCCAAAAGACAGUCUAGCAUAUGUUGUUGGACAACAAUAUUCUCAUUCAGCACCUAAACUAGGUCAAGAGUCAUUUACUGACUCAUAUCCAGUGUCUUCUUCUCAUGUUGGUCAUCAGACAUUUUCUAACACUUAUUCUCCAACAUACACAUCAUCAGAGAGACAAACAUCAUCUACUUCUCAGCUUAAGUCUCCAUAUACUGUUAAUAAUGUGUCUCCUAUGAUGAAUGGACCAUACAAUUCUUAUACAAGUAAUGCUGUAACUCCAUCUAAAGGAACACCUCCUCCUGUGUCACCAAAGCCUGUCAUGACAAAAAGUUUUGAUACAUUUUCUACUUCUGUUCAUAAUGAUUUGAUACAACAAAGUAUCCCUGUGACGACGUCUAAACAAUGGACUAAUCAAGUACAGCCAAAAACACCAACAAAUACUGAUCAUGAUUAUUUUUCUGGUGUUAUGACAUCGAAUUACAAUGGAGGGCUUCCAGUAGGAAAUAGACAAAUAAAGGAGAACUCCUCCAAAAGAUUUUCACCUCCAGACUAUGAAAAUGAUUUUGUUGAUUCUGCAAAAUCUGUCUCUUUUUCUUCAAAUAUUGUACAACCUUCAUAUGGUAUGUCAACAAUGGAUAGUAGUUAUGCUGGAGAACAGCAGUUUAAGGGGAAUAACUUUCCACUGACCAAGGGGAAUAACUCUCAGGACAAUUCAAGUUCAGAUUUACAAGAGAUGUCAAAUAAAACAGAAAUGUAUGGCUCUGAGGAUCUUAAACCUAAUCAUUAUACUGUAUCUGGUGAGAAUCAGUCACCAAAGUUUGAUGAAAAUUCAUUCAAAAUCUCACAGGUUCAAAGACCGAAUCAGUUACCAAGUUUUCAUGACUUCACAAAAGAAGUUCAUUCUUUAGAUAGAAAAGAAAAAUCUGAAUAUAGAGGAUCCAUGACAAAAAUAAAAACCAAUGGUUCAUUAGCAAUGCUGAAUUCACCAAAUAAUCCUCAUAAAGAUGUUGCACAUGGUUUCCAAAUGAGACGAUGUAGUUCAAAUUCUUCAAACUCAGAAGAAGAAUCGACAAGUGGAACCAACUCUGAAGAUACUGGAACUAUUAAACGUCGACCAGAAAUAAAUCGUAAUAAAGAAAACUCUCUAGGAGGAUCUCCAUUACAAAGUCCACGUCUUUCACCUCGCAUGGGCAGCAAAAGUCCUCAAGUUACACGUCGUCAUUUUAAAGCAGAUGACAAAUCUAAGGAAUUACUCAAUUCUCCUACAGAACAAACUCAAAGUGUUCAAAGUUCGUUUGAUUAUUUUAAUUCUGCAGUAAAUGGUAUGGCUUUUAUUGAUGAGUCAUAUGAUAACCAGAGAAAUAAUGUUAUGACCAAUCAGAGUCAUGGAAUGGCGUUUAUUGAUGAGUCAUAUGAUAACCAGAGAAAUAAUGUUAUGACCAAUCAGAGCCAUGGAAUAUAUGAAAAUCUUCAAUGUAGGAAUAAUUCAGUUACGAAUACUGGUAUUGUAAAUGGAUAUCAGUCCACAGAAAGUAAUUCCAUUGAAAUGGACCAAUCAUUUUCGAGAUCCAGAUUAUCUGGAGGAUCAGCAGGAAGUAGGAAAUCAGAUGACAGGUUGACACCAGUAAAUAAUGACGCUCCAAUUUCCAAAAGUAGAGAACGUCUGAGAUCAGAUUCCAGUAUGGAGUCCAGUACCAGCCAGCAGUUAGAUAAAUUGAAACAGACCAAAGCUGAACUUGUUAAGAAUAUUGCCUCAUUAAAACAACAAAUUGUGGAAAUAGAAACACAAGAGAAUGAAGCCAUUAGAGAGUUGGAGAUGGAGCGAGCUUUACUGGAAGGGGAGCAUAACACUGAAAUGGAGGAAUUACAACAAGAACAAGACAGAAUUAAUGCUCUGAAGCUUCAACAGGCAGAACUGAUAGAAAGAUCUGCUAAAGAAAGAGAAAAAGAAAUAGAAAUAAUGGACAAGAAACAAGAAGAAUUAUUUGACCUUGAAAAGAAACAUUUUGAAACGGAACAAAUGUUGAGUAGUUGUCAUGACAGGGAGAAAGAAAGGAUCAAGGAACAGUUUGACAGGGAACAGGAAACUAUUGAACAGAAACAUAAAGAUUUUGAUGAUCUUGAAUUCAAACAGCUUGAGUCUGAGGCAAGAUAUGAGGAAGAAAAAGAAAAGUUACAGAAAAAAUUAAUGACUGAUCAGAAUAAACUUCUGGACCGAUAUAAAACUAGAGAGAAUCGUUUGCAGCAGAUUGACUCACAACAACAUGACAUGUUAUCCAGUGUAAGAAAGGACAUAGAAAAUCUGGAACAAAGUCGACUGGUGUUAGUAGAACAGUUAAAGAAGGAGAAUACAAAAUUAAGUGAGUUGAAGAAGACAAUAAAAACACAGACAAAAUCAGCAGAAGACAUCUUAUCUGACGAGGAAAAACAUGACAGUUUUUCUGACAUCAACCAGAACUCCUCACAAAAAUCUUCUCAUUCAAGUUCAACAACUACAGUAACAAACUGGUUAAUAAGCCCCACAAAUUCUGCCAAAGGUGAGAGAAAGAAAUCUGCCACAAUGCUGGAGAUAGAGAAAAAUCAUUCACUUUUCCUAGAGCAACAAGCUGUUUCAUCUGAGUCAGGCAGUACACUUAUUGAACAAGAAAAGAAACGACUGGUUGAACUAAAAAGAAGGGCUGCAGAUGAGGGGCGUGCCCAGUGGGAAGAACGCAAGAUGAGAGAGGCCAAUUGUAAAAGUUUUAAUUCGUUAGAAUCAGAAGAUUCCAGCGUUGCUAGUAGUUGUGAAACACCAUCAGAGAAAGAAACAACAAGUUUAAGUAGUGGCGAAGAUAAUUUGGAGAAAUUAAUGGAACUUGAAAGAUUACUAGCUCAAGCUCAGCAAGAGAAAAUGUCACUGAUAGAGGAUCAGGUCAGACUGCGAGAAUCGGAAAUGCAAGCAUUGCAUGAGGAACGUUCAAAGAGAGAAGCAUUGGAGAGGAAACUUCAGGAAGAAACAAUGUUACGAGAGGAAUUAGUUCAACAACAAAUCAAGAUGCGUGAUCAUCAAGUUAAACAGGCUCGCCCAUUAACAAGAUAUCUACCAGUACGUAACCAGGAGUUUAAUCUGAAGACACACAUAGAAACAGCAGGACAUCAUUUAGACACUUGUCCACACGUGACUGUUACCCCGACAAGCUGUCGGGGAUUCUUACAUAAAAUGGGGAACAAGUUCAAAACGUGGCAUAAACGUUGGUUUGUGUUUGAUCGUGUAAAGCGAUCAUUAGUGUAUUACACGGACAAGACAGAAACAAGAGCUAAAGGUGGAAUAUAUUUUCAAGCUAUAGAGGAAGUUUACGUGGAUCACUUACGGACAGUAAAAAGUCCCAAUCAUAAACUGACGUUUUGUGUAAAGACAUUUGAUAGGACAUAUUACAUGGUGGCGCCAUCACCAGAGGCCAUGAGGAUAUGGAUUGAUGUUAUAUUUACGGGAGCUGAGGGGUAUCAACAGUUUCUAAGCUAAAUAUGUGUUACCAUGGAAACAAUUUUUCAUCUUGAUAAUUAUUUCUUGGUCACUUGCCUGGGUAUUUAUAGAUUUAUAAUUUGUGUCAACUUUUGUCAUAGUAAAUCCUUACCUUUAUAAGAUAUUCAUUGUAUUUACAUGUAUUUGUGUACCUGGUGAUCAGAAGAAUUCUCAUAACCUUUAAAGAUAUAAAUAGUAAAACAGUAUUAAAGAUAUUCCUUAAGCUGAUCCAUGAAUGUUUUUUACAACAUUCACAAUGUUAUAUUAUUUUCCAUGUCUUUCAUCUAUGUAAUAGUUUUCUUUAGUGAAAUACUUGCAUUUAUGCCGUCAUCCUGAAUAAUAAAAAAAAUUUAAUUCUGAGGAUAUGCACCUGUAUGAAAUAUCUAAGUUAUGUCUGUAUGUUUUAAAAUGCUUUGUUUUUGUUUGCUUAUUAUAAAGUGAAAAGGAGAUUAUAUACUGUAAAUACAGAUAUUAUUGCGUGCAUUUAUUAUUGCGAUUUUUCAAAAAUGGACAAGAGUGCGAGUUCAAUUAUUGCGAUUUUAGAAAAAUCUACAUAUAGAUCAAUGGUUUAGCUAUCUAAAUGCAAGUUCUUAUUAUUGCGAUACUAACUGAGUCGCAUUAUUCGCAUUAAUAAAAACCUCGCAAUAAUGCGUGAAUUUACAGUACUUGACAAUAUAUAUUAAGUUUAUAUACAGGAUUGUGAUUUGUAACUGGUUAAUCAGGUGAUCUAAGAACAGUAUUUUAGUCAUUCUGUGGUCAGCGUAUUUUGUCUAGUGCCUUGUUUGUUUACACAGAUAUUUUGAUACUGCUGUAUGACUUUAGAUUACUAUUAACAGUGGUCAAACUUUAAGUAUUAGGUAUGCACAGAAAUAAGCUCCUGGUAUAAAAAAUAUAUUCUAGAAAUUUUUGGUUGUAUACUUCUAACUGAUGUUUUCAAGGAUAAAUGAGUCAAGCACCAGCUGAUAUGAAAUCUGAACACCUUAUCAUUGUUUUUUAUUGUGUUUUUUCCGGCGAUAUUGACUACUGCAAUUACGGAGGUCUGAUAAAGAGGAUUUAUUAUCCCACGAUUAUAUAAAAUUGUCUUCUUCCUGUCAAGUUUUUACUGUAAUUUUGAUGCAUAUAAAUAAUUAUAAUAAUUACAGCCUAUUUUAUCAGAUAUUUAUCUCGGACUUUAUAAUGUGGGUAAUUUUGGACCAGAAAAAUAUAUCUAUCAUAAUUAUUUUCAAGAUUCAGUAGGGUUAAAUAAACCAUUGGGAUGAAAAUGACCUGUCAAACAGUUGUUGUUGUUAGGAUGCUGUAAUCGAUCUGUAUGCAGUCAAUACUAAAAGAAGAUUUAUCUAUAUGUACAAUGUUUGAAGGAUGGACUGUUUUUACUUCGUACUUAAUUUGGCCUUUUUAACAUUUUUUGAUUGGAGUGCCACUGAUGAGUCUUUUGAAGACAAAACACGCGUCUGGCGCAAAUACAAAAUUUCAAUCCUGGUAUCUAUGAUGAGUUUAUUCUGAACAUAUCCAUGAUUGUCAAAUUGACAAGAUUUUACGUUAUUUUACAAUUAAAACCAAAGACAACAGAAAUUUUCCUCAAUUCUAAAUUUUGCUGAUAUUACAACCUACAAUUUGUUUGAUUUCAAUUAAUUCUCAGUUUUAUUAUCGUCGUUAUAUCUCAAAAAUAGAAAGGGAAAAAGAAAACAUUUGCCAAUUUAAGUGUUUGACGUUCAAAGCAAAAUAUGUAAUCAUGAAGGAUAUUAAGAUAUAACUGACACUGGAUUUUUAUAAUCUCAUUAAACUUUUAAUUAGAAUAUUUACGAUAUACUUAUCAGGUUACAUUAAGGUAGAACUUCCUUCUUUCUAUAAAAGGAAUACAUAUUAUAUAAUAUGAAGUUUAUUCAGAAUGACAUGAGAGUUUAUCGUUUGAAACAAGUCUAUCUGUACACGACAUCUUAGUCCGUUUUAAUCUGACAAAUAUAUGCCAAAGGAAAUUUUAACAUCAUGGUUUAUUUGAUAAGGGACUUUCCGUUUUGAAUUUCCUUGGAAUUCGGUAUUUUUGUUAUUUUACUUUUUAUAAAUUUCUGUAUGCAUCUUUAAAAAAUAACCAAUCCUCUAAUGAAAAUAGUUGUGCAGAAUUAUCCAUUUAUAGACACAUGAAAGAAUAUUUGAGAAGCAUUUCUUCUUUGAUAUUUUAUAAAGUUUCUGUUUUCAGAUAGAUAAAGGUAACUUAUUGAAUUUUAAUUGAUUUUUGUACUAUUUUCUCCGACUUAUUUAAGUCAUGUGAUAAGGUAUAGAACAUAAAGAAAGUAUUCAGUACUGAGUGACAUGAAACACCAUUGGUUCCUUAGACUGUAAUUAAUAAACACCAAGGAAUCGAAAAAAUUUCAUAAACCAGACAAUAUGAGCUCAGAAACUACAUUAAAUUCUCAAUAGACUUCGAUGGAUUUUCUAUGUUAUUGUCGGCUUGACAUUCACAAAUAAAUGGCUGAAUUAGAAAUAUGAUAUGUACAGUCUGAUUGGCCAGAGUGAAAGUCAUGUUAAGUUUAUAUAUAUAUUUAAUUAAGAUUUGUACCUGUUUCAUCUGAUAGGUUUAUAAGACUGCAGACAUGAAAAUCUUAUUUUUAUAAUUUUCGUAGAAAGUGAACUUGUAUAUGAAGGAUUAGUUAUUUGUAAAAGGACACUUCCACUUUAAUAAAGCAAACAGAAAUUCUCUGUUUUUGAAAAAUUACAAAAAACAUCAUCUGAAUAAAACUUGUAAAAUUAGGCUAAUAUGUGGUAAAUUCAUUUAAAUAUUAUCCCUUAUUUUCAGGUUCUUUUGUCCUUUUAUGUUCUCUGUUAACAGGUUCACUUUUAUUUUGAAGAUUUUUAUGACAUCUGCAGUGAAAAAACAAGUUGACAAAAAACAUCUUUUCAAGUUUAUUUUUCCAAAUUAUGUAAGAAUUCAGAAUGUCAGAAAAAAAUAGAACAUUUUACUACACAUUUGUCUAAAAUGAAAUCCUGGUGCACUUUGCCUUGCAUGAGGAAGUUUAAAAUCAAUAGGAUUUCAGAUACUGCUAUGGGGACCUUCAUUACCAAUGAGAGUCUUGAGAUCUUGACUGCUGAAGCUUCCACAUUAUUACUGAUCCAUGUUAAGCUUGAGUCUUAAGUAUUGCAUUAAUGAAGCAAAAACAAAGCUGAGAGCAUUUUUCAAUUACUUUCUGAAUUUUUUUUUCUCUGCAAUAACUGUUUCUUCAACUGUAAAAAGUGCUGUCGCCAGGUUUGAAUUGAAAAAUAUUGAAGCCACCCCUUUUCUUAAAGUUUAGUUUAAGAUGUCUUGUAUUUGUGGACUACUCAUGACAUUGUUUAUACUGGUAUCUGCUCUGUUUAUUCAUCUUACCUUUAAGCUGUGAUACCUUCAAAGAACCAGAAAUUAAUAUUUGUUCAUGUUAUAAGUCUUGUAACAGAGACAAAGAAAAAUAAUUAUUUCCAGGAAAACUUCAAAAGUUAAUGAUUGAUUAAUUCUUGUUUUAUUUGUCUUUGAUGUUUAAUGAUUACAUAUUCACCUUUAGGAGUGCAUACAUGUUUUUUUUCAAGGUUUCAGUAUUGUUAAUUAUUCAUCAAUAGCAUUUCAUAUGGAUUUAUUGUGAAACCAAACCUGUAAUCAGUGGCUGUUUGAUGUUAUUGGUUGUGGAGAUCAGAAACAGACAAAAUUCGAUUUUUCCUUCCCAUUUCCUCAAAAAAUCUCUUUACCGAUGAUAUGAAAUUUCAAUUUGUGACAAAUUCAUAAAUCAGUUAUUUCCCUCUUACAAGGGUCUACAAUUGAAAGUUUAAAUUGAUAUUUAAGUACAUUACAUUAACAGUAUUCUGUGGUCAAAUUAACAAAUGUCUAGAUGAAAUGAUUAUUUUCCAAAAGACAAAAAUUCUUUUACCAAAUUUUUUUUAACUGUUCAUACUUUGAUGAUAUCUAAAGUAUUUUCUAUGGAAGGGAUUUUUGUAUGGAAAAAAUACAAGAUAUCUUGUGAAAAGAAUUCUUUUUAUUUAAAUUACAUUUGUUAGAUUAAUGUUGAAUAAUUAUGACAACAAAAGAAUCAGUGAGCAGAAACAUUAUUAAGUCUCAUUUUCCAUUUAUCUCCUGGCUCUUCUAAGACAGGAUACCAGUUCAUUAUCUCCUGGCUCAACUAACACAGGAUACCAGUAAACAGCUUUAAUGUAACCAUCCUAAGAAUCGUAUGUUUCUGCAUCUCCUGGCUCAACUAAGACAGGAUACCAGUUUACAGCUUUAAUGUACCCAUCAUAAGAAUAUUUAAUUUUAUAUAUGUCAAUGCUUUUCUGAAACAUAAUACCAGUAAACAGCUUUAAUAUCAGCAUCCUCAUAAUUGGUCUUUUUUAUAUCUGCUGAUUCAACAUAGAAAGGAUACCAGUUAAUUGCUUUAAUGUAAGAAUCUUUUUUUUUCUAUAUUUUUCGUGUAAACUAUGACAGGAUACCAUAACAGUUUUAAUGCUUUUCAUAAAUAUGUCUGUACCUUAAUGCAUGAACUGAGGGGAUAAAACAUAUUUUUGUGUUCUAUCUGUGUUUGUGUGUGCAUGUACAUGUAUGUUUAUAUUAACCUCAGCGAUAUGUUAACAGGUAUAUGACAGAAUUUCCUUGAAAUAUCAAGCAUAUCAAACAAAAACACAGAAGUUUUCAACAAGCUUUUCAAGUUUCUACUUUUUUAAAUAACUCAUUUGUCUCUAGAUUAUUUUAACAAACACAGGAAAUCAGUGAAAAAGUCUGAAAUGAACAAGAGUAUUCUGUAAUACACAAUAAAGCUUUAACAUCUACCUUCUUAAAUUAAUAAAAUAGUUUCCUGUUUAGUAAAAAUUUCCAAGAAGUAACCUUUAGAUGGCCUAUCAUAGAUAAAAAUAAAGAUAGUCAUAUACUGGCAUAUUGUUCAGUAAUAAAUGAUUGUUUUUGGUAAUGAAUAGCUAAAUGCUGGCUCCUGAUAUAGUGGCAUAUUGUUCAGUCAUAAGUCAUAUUGUUUGGUAAUGGAAAGCUAAGUUCUAGCUCUCAUACCUUGUUUGAAUUAAAUAGUUAAUUGAUAAGCUAUUUGAUGUGUGUGAAAGUAUUCUUGGAGUUACCAUAGAAACCAAACAUUGUUACAUGUACUAAAAUUCACUAUCCAAGCUUUUAUUGUUAUACUAUUUAUUAUUGGAUGUUAAAGAUUCUAUUUUUAUGUAAGCCAUGUUGAUCUGUUUUAACCAAGCCAAAAUGAGAAUAGACAGAUUUGUUGACACAAAUUCAAUUAGUUCAUUAUUAUUGUUGUUUAUAUAUAUUAUAUUCUUGUAAACGGCUCUCAAAGAGUGCCAUUGACCAUUAAAAAUCACAAUAAAAUAUGUAAAAACAUAA